AUGAACACCGUUAACAAAACGGAGUUUCUGUCUGUAUCCUAUUUGGUUCAGGUUCUGUUCCACACUCCGCACUGCAUUUUGCCAAAACUGGUGUACACGCUCCAUCGGUUCCUCGUAACGAUAUCUAGACGUAACAGCCUGGGACCAGCGAAAAAACAUGAUUAUUUAAUAACACUUCGGCGUCGAGGGAUGACAGAUAUUUCGUAUAAUCGACGAGAGGCAGGUUUUAUUAAGGAGAAUACGCUGUUUGCAUUGCAAAAAGCUGAAGGUCUACCUGGAAGCGGCUGA